AUGCCAAGUGUGCUUCCCGAGUUCUCAGCGGACACCAGCCAUGUUUGGCCGUGGUCACAGAAAGCCUCCACAGGAGCUUCGAACGAUGUUGGCCAGGUCUUCAAUGCUACCUUGGGGUUUGAGAAGGUUCUCGCGCUGGGACUGCCGGAGCGAAGCGACAAACGAGACGCUUUGGUGCUGAUGUCGGAGCUGAGCGGCUUCCACAUUGAGUGGAUUGAUGGCGUGAAACCAGCAGAUCUACCAUCAAAAGCAGUUCCAUACGGUAUCGAUGCCACCAAGGUCGGCGACAACUUCCUGGGGAGUUGGAGAAGUCACAUGAAUGCUAUCCGUUUCGUAGUAGAAGCCGGCGUCGGCUCGGCUUUAAUAAUGGAAGAUGAUGUUGACUGGGAUGUGCACAUCAAAAGCCAGCUUCAGGCCGCUGCACUCGGAGCUCGUCAUGUCCUGGGUCAGAAUCCGACGAGUUCUUCAUCCCCUUAUGGAGACGACUGGGAUCUGCUCUGGCUUGGACACUGCGGCGAACCGUUCCCGGAAAAUCUCGAAGAAAUCAGUGGACUGAAUGAGGAAGCAAAGGCACGGAUCUCCUCAAAGUUCAACAUCGAAAACGACGAUACGGUCCCGCCGUACCAGCACGUGUCGACACUAGUAGACUGGGCAAAGUACCCCCCAGGGACUCGCAUAGUCCAUCGCACAGCCGCACCCAUCUGCUCCUUUGCAUAUGCGGUGUCUCAGAGAGGGGCGCGAAGGCUGCUGCAUGCUUUAAGCAUCGAAGGGUUGAGCAUGGCUUUUGAUAACUCUCUAGCCCAGCUGUGUCGAGACGCCGUGUUCGAUCUUGCCAGAGGACAGGAGCAGCACUAUGUAAUGAAGUGCAUCAGCAUCAACCCGACUACCAUGUUCCAUCACAAGAGCAAAGGAUUGCUGUCCGGCGAUAGCGAUAUUCAAAACCACGGCCAAGGUGGUGAGAUGCGAGAAAAGGGGUUCACAGAGUCGAUCAUGUGGUCAACACGGUUAAACUUGAAAAACCUCCUUACAGGUCAAUCGGUGGAAGCGCAGUUCGUCUAA